AUACACAGACUCAACAGCUUCACACCACACACCAAACAAUAGAAUCCACCUCCACCACGAUGCUUUUCACCUCGCUCAUCCGCACCCUGGUCCGACCGACCACGGUCUCCUCCACCCGCGCCUGCUCCAUCUGCGCCGCCCGUUCCCUCCUCCCCACCUAUGGAAAGACCAUCAUCCCCUGCCCAGCCGCCGGUACCACCUCGCCCAUCCUCCCUGGUGGAUCCGCCAUCGCCCGGCCCCGUGCAUCGGCUAUCAUGAAUCAGACGAUGGGUUCGAGGGACGUAGCGGUCAGGGGGAUGAAGGUUAGGAGUAGCGUGAAAAAGUUUUGCGAUGGGUGUUCGGUCGUAAGGAGGAAAGGAUACCUCUACGUCGUCUGUAGCAAGGAUCCUAAGCACAAGCAGCGACAAGGAUAAAUCAAUCCACCCUCUAUCCUUCCUAUCUCCCGAAUUAUGUCUCACCUCGCCUCUUGGACUGAUGUUCCUUGUAAUACCGACCGUACCGUACCACCCAAACACCCACGAUGUUACGCAUUUAUGAAAACAUAGAUUGUUAUGAACCGACCUCGAA